AAGAAGCUGAGGCUCAAAGAGGUUAAACAACUUGCCAAAGUCUCCCAAUUGGACGUCUCCUUCCUCAAAGCCUCCCGUCCCCAAAGAAGCACCAUGACUUGUGGAUCUUACUGUGCUGGCGGCGCCUUCAGCUGCGCCUCGGCCUGCGGGCCCCGGCCCGGCCGCUGCUGCAUCACCGCCGCCCCCUACCGCGGCAUCUCCUGCUACCGCGGCCUCUCCGGGGGCUUCGGCAGCCACAGCGUCUGCGGGGCCUUCCGUAGCGGCUCGUGCGGCCGCAGCUUCGGCUACCGCUCCGGCGGCGUGUGCGGCCCCACCGCCCCCGCCAUCACCAGCGUGUCUGUCAACGAGAGCCUGCUCACGCCCCUCAACCUGGAGAUCGACCCCAGCGCGCAGUGCGUGAAGCACGAGGAGAAGGAGCAGAUCAAGUGCCUCAACAGCAAGUUCGCCGCCUUCAUCGACAAGGUGCGUUUCCUGGAGCAACAGAACAAGGUGCUGGAGACCAAGUGGCAGUUCUACCAGAACCGGAAGUGCUGCGAGAGCAACCUGGAGCCGCUGUUCAAUGGCUACAUCGAGACGCUGAGGCGGGAGGCCGAGUGCGUGGAGGCCGACAGCGGGAGGCUGGCCUCAGAGCUGAACCACGUGCAGGAGGUGUUGGAGGGCUACAAGAAGAAGUACGAGGAGGAGGUGGCCCUGAGGGCUGCUGCUGAGAAUGAGUUCGUGGCUCUGAAGAAGGACGUGGACUGUGCCUAUGUCCGCAAGUCUGACCUGGAGGCCAACGUGGAGGCCCUGAUCCAGGAGAUCGACUUCCUGCGGCGACUGUAUGAGGAGGAGAUCCGCGUUCUCCAGUCCCACAUCUCUGACACCUCGGUGGUCGUCAAGUUAGACAACAGCCGGGACCUGAACAUGGACUGCGUCAUCGCCGAGAUCAAGGCUCAGUACGACGACAUCGCCAGCCGCAGCCGGGCUGAGGCUGAGUCCUGGUACCGCAGCAAGUGCGAGGAGAUGAAGGCCAUCGUGAUCAGGCAUGGGGAGACCCUGCGCCGCACCAAGGAGGAGAUCAAUGAACUGAACCGAAUGAUCCAAAGGCUGACGGCUGAGGUGGAGAACGCCAAGUGCCAGAAUUCCAAGCUGGAGGCUGCAGUGACCCAGUCUGAGCAGCAGGGCGAGGCGGCCCUCAGCGACGCCCGCUGCAAGCUGGCAGAGCUGGAGGCCGCCCUGCAGAAGGCCAAGCAGGACAUGGCCUGCCUGCUCAAGGAGUACCAGGAGGUGAUGAACUCCAAGCUGGGGCUGGACAUCGAGAUCGCCACCUACAGGCGCCUGCUGGAGGGCGAGGAGCACAGGCUGUGUGAGGGCGUUGGCUCCGUGAAUGUCUGCGUCAGCAGCUCCCGCGGUGGCGUCGUCUGUGGCGAUCUCUGCGCCUCUGGUACUGCCCCUGUUGCCACCGCCGGCCUCUGCAGCGCCCCGUGCAGCAGCAACAUCGUCGUAGGCACCAGCAACUCCUGCGCGCCCUGUGGCGGAGUCAGCGCCGGAAGCGUCUGCUGUAGGAAGUGCUAGGAGGCUGCAGCCUCGCAAGCGAGCAUUAGGGUCACCCUCGCGCAACCGGAACGCACCUCCCGCUGCCCCUCCCCACCGACAGCCGCCGACCUCCCAACAAUCAGUCGCCGGAUGUAGAUGUUCUGCAUGACCUCCCCACGGGUUCCCCUCUGUGCGCCAUCCCCCAGGCACCCCGAGCCCCGGGGAGGCCUCUUUCCAUAGCCUUUCCUAGUAGUCAAGUUCUUGUCCUGAGGUCUCCUCUUUUCUUCUGACUUCUGUUCUUUGCUUGAUUCAUUGGUCCUGCCUGACCUCUCAGCCCAAGCUUGGAGGAACCGAGUGGGACCCCCAAAUCUUCCCGCCUGCACUUCUGGGAAUCUUCCAGCAUGCUUCUGCCUUUGGAAUUGAGAUGGUGAACAGUGAUGGUGGUUUUCUGUAACUCUGUGGAGAGAUGACCUGUGGGAAGGGAGAGCACCUCCCUUUUGGGACUGCCUGCGGAAGCUUCUAGAAAGCCAGCCACUCAACCAUUUGGCACCUUUGUUUCAUUCUGUUUCCAAUAAACUGC